AUGAAGUCUUCGAGAAACCGCCCUGAUGAGGAAGCCGUGGAAUUUGUCGCCGUGGCGCUUCCCAGUCUCCGCCACCGUGAAAACCUGGACAGCCUCAGUUUCGAUCUUCAGCCAGAGCUGGGGCCGACGAAGAAGGCAGACGCCACCCCAGCUGCGCCAGCAGACGACCUGACGGGUUUCGGCAAGAUAUUCGAUCUUGCGGAAACAUCCCCGCCGGAGGCUGAGGCUGUCCUUUCGCUGCAAGAAGAAGCUGUCCUCCCAGCGGAUGAAGAGAGCUUCAUUGAGGGCCUCAACCGCCAAAUAGGAAACGCUCCGCAGGAACAAAAGCGGGAGAAGAAGGAAGUUGCAAAUCCCCUCGCCUUCGUCACUGGUGUCGACACGUACAAGAAGGAUAUCCCAAAGAUUGGCGCAGCGUUCGAAGAACCUGUCCGUCUGAAACGGGCACGCAUCUUGAUUGAUCAAGGCCGAGCUGCAGGCUUGGUCGUGGAGCGUAUGGUGUCGGUGCUUGAGCGAGGCACGACGAGGAUAGAUAAACUUAUGAAAAAUGCGCAGCGGCUGCCGGACGGCGAUGUGACCCAGAAGUUUGAGGCUCUCAGCCUUCUCACGACUCAUGUGAAUGGACGGCAGCAGUUGCUGGAAGGCCAAGCGAAAGCGCGGUCGCGCCUGAAGACCUUGCUGUCGGAGUUGUCUGUGGAGCUGAAGUGGAUUGAACUCAACGCAGCGCAGACGAACGAAACCCGCCAAUUGGAGGAGGAAGGCCGGAGGCUGAGCGAACGGAUUGCGUCGAAGCGGCAGAAACUGGACCGCGCAGAGCUGGCCCUGAAGAAGACGAUGAACAACGCGACAUCCCUUGUGGACGCGGCGCUGGCGGCGAUCGCGAGUGGGGCGCUCGCUCGCGCGGAAAAGGGGCUCGAGAAGGGACAGAAAGUGGAAGAGCACAGAAAUCAGCUCGUGCAGGUUUUCAGGAAGGCAGGGGAGACCGCCCACACAUGCAAGCAACUCCAGAAGUCUGGGCCGAAGUCCAAAGGCGACAGUGCGCCGCACUCGGCGCUCGGUAGGGCGAUUCGCGCACAAGCCCUACUGGAGCGCCUUAUGAAAAACGGUAGCUCCGCGAGAAAAAGUUUGGAAGCGGCGAUGGUGGCGUUGAACGACGUCUCCGACGUCGCGACGACGGUUUCCGGGAUUAUCGAGAUGGAGCCGCUGGCUUCUUCCCCAGCGGAACCCGUGAAAGAAAAGAUCACGGCGGCUCGGGAUCGUGCCCACAGCGUCGUGGAUUUGCACGACAUCUUGACAAACGCCUUGGUUCAAGACGCUCGCUUGGCCUUUCGAGCGCUCCGCCACGCGUACUUGGCGUGCGACGCAGCCACUGCCGGCUUCUGGGUUGCCCUGAAGCGGGCCCUGCAGGCUCGGAUGCUGCGACACGAGACGGUGAAGAAGCUUCGGAAUGUCCUUGAGAGGAAGCUCGCGAUGGCCAAAAAGCAGAUAGCACUGAUGAAGGACAUGGGUACGGUAUCUGAGCUCUCCUUGAAGACCGUGCCUGCCCUAGCAGCCACGGGGCUGACGGAAGCCGUGGCCGAGCUGAAUCGAGCCGGCGCCCGCCUGAAGGCACUGGACCUUGCCAUGGCGCGUGCGUACGCCGUGCAGGUCGGCUUUGUGGCUCUGCCGAAUUUUCGGAACCAGAUGGCCGCCGCACAGCGCCACAUUCGCAGACGCUUCUGGAGCGCACCCCACCGCCAGCUGGCUGACUUGAUCGCUUCGGGGAUGGACACGGCUAAGGCCGGGGCCGCAAUGGUGCCCUCCUUGGCGGCCCAGUUCCGCAAUCUGAAUGCGCAGCGUGUGACGUCCCUCAGCGACUCGCGGGCGGCGCUGGUGAAGGUUCAGGCGGGCGUCUUGGCGGCAUCCCGAAACGCGGACCGCGUGACAGACUUUGUGGCGGACUACACGCGGAGCCGCCCGGAACUUGCAGAAGCAGACGCGAUCUUCAGAGCCGCACUCGUGGACGUGAAGGAACCGCCGUCUGCGACGAAGAAAGACAAGACGUCUCGGGAGCGAAAAAAGGCCAAGGCGACCGAGGCCGAAGUCACGUACGAGCAAAGGUACGUGGCCAUGGUUUUCGCGCUGCAGGCAUUCGCUGUGCUUCGCGAGUCCUUCGCGGUCGCGAACCUCUCAGAGUUCUCGGACAGGCAGCGGCUGCUGAAGGUGCAUCUCGACGAAGUGAGAAAAGUGCUUCGGACCGGCGUCAACAAGUGGACGCCAGCCGUGGUCACCAGCAAACUGAAGAAUGUGCGGAACAACCUCCGGCGCGUGACGCGCCGCGCCGCGGUGGUGGCGAACGUGUACCACCAACUCAUGACUCAGAUGCAAAUGAGAGCCAAGACCCUCGCCACCGUUCUCCACGACUUCUAUAUCACCACGGGGAACGUGUUCCGGGAGGACUUGGGAAGCGCAAAGAGGCUGCUCGUCGCCGCCGUCGCAGGCCGCCGAGACCUCGUCAGCACCGUGGAGAAGUACAAGAACGCUUGCGGCGUGCUGAAGCGGUUGACGGAUCCGCAGGCAACGCCCUUGAAAUUCGAAGCUGCGGAGCGUCUGCUCGAGGUCGUCCUGAAGCUCGACUCGCUAGUUGAUCGGCUCUGGGAGGCGUUCUCGGUGGCGCACGUUUCCCUGCAAGACACCCUCGCGACAAUGAAGAGGCGCGAAGCCUUGAUGCCACGGGCCAUCAAAGGCGUAUCUGCGCGCAGCCGUACCGAUAUCGAAAAGGCUUCACAGAGCGUCUGGAGGUCCGCGAGAGAAGCGUACGACGUCCUUCUGAAGGCGCAGGCGGUCGUAGCCACCUGGCGAGAAGCUGCCACAGAGAUGUUGCGGCGAAGCAUAGCGAAGAAACUGACUGAAAUUCAGGACCAGGCGAGACAAAUCCUGAGUGGGGCGACGCGGCAGACGCAGGCUGCGCGGCGCCUCAACCGCAUCGCUGUCCGCUCCCGGACCGUUGACUUCUCCGCUCUCGACGCGGACGCACGGGCCACGUGGAAGGCUGACCUUGGCAGUCUUAACGAAGCCGAGGCCUCGCUUCCGGUCCAGGCCCAGUGGCAGCAAACUGCUGCAAAGUACAUCUCGGAUAUGGGGCUCUGGAUGCGCGGUCGGCGCUGGGACUUCUACGGGAAGGGCGCAGACCUCGACUACAGAACGGCGCUCCACUUGAACAAAGCGGCUGAGAAUGCGCUGCAGGAACUGCGGACGGCGCUGAAGACUCUCGACGCUUCGCUGCACGUGGCGAGAGGCGAGAUGGGUGCGAUGCGCAUGGCCCUCUUGAUGGCCGAAGAAAAUUCUCUGGCUGCAGAACUCGCUGCGCGAGCGGAGACGAUGGCGCGUGUCGCGCGUUCGACGAAGAAGGCUCUCAAGUCGGCUCUCGAAAAGGCGAAGAUUCCGAAACCGAACGACAGGAUGGAGCGUCAUCUGUCCAGGAUCCAGGCGCGGGUCAAGAGGGCUCUGAAGAAAUACGAUGCGGCUGUAAAGCAGGUACCCACUCCCGAGCAACUCUGGGACGAAAUGACCAAGAGUGAGGAUGAGGCGCAGCGACUGGCAGCGAAGCAUCCGGACUUGGCAGAGGAUGCUUCCGGCCUCACACAGAUUCUGGAGGAAGGUCGCAGCUCCAUGGAAUCGCUCCGGAAAUCGCAGCAAAGCGCCGAAGGCGAAGUCGAAGCCCUCCGCAGGCUGGAAAUUUCCGUGCAAACCGACGUGCGCCUCUUGGAGCUCAAGCGGCUGCUGCUGGCUGGGGAAACGCGCGUCCGGGAAGCCGCCGCCAGCGCGUCCGCGCUCAACAAAAGGGAGCGGGCGGUUCUCAGCGAGGUUUUCGAUGCUCAGGGCGCGGAUCCGUGCGACCCCGACUGCACAGGAGUCAGCGCCCUCCUUGCGCGCAGCCGAGAGCUCCUGCAGGAAGCGACGGACCAGCGGGCUGUGUGGAAAGAAGACCUGAACGCGACGAACCGGGAGCUAGCCCUCGACGAGAAGUGGACGCCUCCCCAAGAGGACACGUUGAGUGAAGCCAUGAAUCGGGUGGCUCUCGCGGUGGCCCAGCUUCGCAACACCACGGCGACGCACACUGCGGAGCUCAAGGAGCAACUCGCGUCGGAGGAAGCGACGCACACGGCGCUCCAGACCGCUGUCCAGGCACUGGAGAACCGCGUCGCUCGCGUCAGGCUCACCGCCCGACGGGAACACGUGGACGAGGUAGCUCGCAAAGCGGCGAUUGUCCGGAAAGCGAUCGGCGACGUUUCGGGCACCGUGGCAGGUCUUCGUGGCCGCUUGCUCGCCAUCCAGAACGUUCUGGAGCACAGGCAGUCGCGCCGUGGGUUGUCGGAUGAAGCGAUCGUUGCCAAAGCGAAGACCAUGGACGCAAAUUUCGACCGCGUUUCGGAGGACCUCGAUCAUGCCCACGCUGACGCCUGGACGGAACUGAACACUGUGCACGGGCCGGAGCUCAAGACGCUCUUGGAAGCGCUCGAAUCUCGCGAGUUCAUGGAUAAAUCGCUUGCAGCAGAGGCGGACGCACUGGCGAAGAGACUCGCAGACGACCAAGCUGCACUCGUUGCGGCGCAGAAGUCCAUAGCGGAACUCGACGCUCUCUUUGCAGCCGUCAGUCGCCUAGACAGCCAGCGUCGCUCCCAGGACCAGGUGUACGUAAUCCGACUCCGCCUGGAGAGUCUGGAGAAGGAAACGGCGGCUCUCGUCGACAGGCACAAGGCGAUGGAACGGAGACUGACGGAGCAAGCGGCCCGCGGCGCGGAACUUCCGGACGGCCUUGCAGAGGCUGCCGCCGUGUCCGCAGACCCGAAUGGCGUCGCCCAAUUUGGAGACGACCCCGUCGCCGCUCUCGUCCACAUCGAAGACUGGUUGAUGCAGUCGGAGGGGCUCCUGAGCCAAGUCAAGGCGCUGGACGAGGACGCCUCCCAGCAUAUUCAGAGCGUCACAGACAGCCAACGGGAGAUCAAGGAGCAGAUGGCGAAUGCGUACCUCCACUCUUCCCCCGAGGACUUGGUCGGGCUGGGGCACGAAAGCGAAGCUCACCAGGAGCGUUUGCAGAAGAUGCUGAAGGAGGUGAAGGACGCGCAAGCAUCCACCACGCAAGCGUCUGCUAGCCUGGACGAGCAGGCUCGUGGGGUUUCCGCGAGGAUCGUGUCGCUGCGCGCCGCAGCUGCCCAGGCGGAAAUUCUGGGGAAAACUGCGGAGCAGAGACAGCUCAACUCGGUCGUCGCGGACCUGCUGACGCGUCACGCCUCACUGGCCACGCAGUUGACGCACUUCCGCAGUUUCCUUGAGGGCCACGAGGCGUUCGUCUUGCAGCGAUCGAGCCGGCUGGCGGGGUUGCUGUCGCGGAACGACGUCGAGGAGAUUGAUCGGCGACGCGCGCUUGUGGCGGACGGCGCUGCGAAGCUUCGCUCGGUCUGGGAGGCGCAUGCAAGAGAGCGGAGCGCCUUUGAGCAGGUCCAGCGAGAGCUGCAACUCGCGCAGUUUCCGAAGGAGAAGCUGCAGGAGUACCGGAAGUACCCGAGGCUCACGGCCGCACUGGAUGAGCUCCAGGCGCGUUCCAAAGGCAACGUGCACCUGGUGGAGGAAGGCGCGAAGGCGAUUCAGGUGAUGAGUGCCGAGUUCGCCGACAUCGACAAACGGGCGCGUUACGUGGCCGAAGUGGCUCUGACCGCUCGCUUGUUUUACACGUUGACGGCGGACCAGACCGCAGCGAAAGAACGCAUCAAGAAGGUGACCGAAGCGGCGACGGAAAUGCACCAACAUGCCGCGAGGCUGAUCAGCGAGCUGUCGGCUGCCCUGUCGCGUGCGGAGCGCCUUGCGGCAGCCGGCAGUCCCUUCGAGGUCGGGCCGGGGACUCGGGAGACGUUGGGCGCCGCUCGGCAGAGCCUGGAGGCGAAGCCUGCAAGCCAGUGGACCCGCGAGCUCGCGAACGUCGCCACGCACCUCCAACAGCUGGACGAGCAGCUCCGGAAUCUGCAAGCCCCCAUGUCGGAGUCGGGAGUUUUUUCGGACGACCUCGCGACUGUACGCGCCACCCAGGCAGCGCUCCACAAAGACCUCGAGAGGAGCCAAGCGGUGGUCACCGCGGCAGAGCGAAAACAGUACGAUCUACACCUGGCAACUACCGCCGCGAGCGACUUUUUCUACGGCGUUACUUUGUCGACCGCAAGGGACCAGGUGCUCAAGCUGGCUGCCGAAGAAGACGCGCGUCACGUAGAGAUCGACCGGCUCCGCAGUCAGAUCGUCGGGCUCCUGCGCGACCUAAAGGCCGUGGCCACUGCAGCGUGGGCCCCAGCCGGUGUCGACUGGGAGGACGCGAGCAGUGUAUUGGCAGUGCGCGCGCAGGAGGUCGCGGAUCGCCAGCGAAAACUCGCGGAUCUUGCGCGCGAGGUAUCCCGCCAGAAGGGCCUUGCGGGCGAGCGGGCCGAAGCGACUCGGCGGCUGCUCGGGCGCUGGGGCGAACAGCCCGGCCUCGAACAAUCUGCGGCCGCGCUCCGGAACGCCGUCGCCCAGAGCGAAGGCCAACUUAAAGAGUGCGAGGACUUGCUCACCGAAGCGGGGCUUCACCUGUCCACGGUCGACCGCGUCAAACGGGAACUCGAGGUGAUGGUGGAACUUGCGCGCGCGCAUGAGCGCCAGCGGGGUCUCCAGAAAGAAAUGCAGCGCGUUUCGGCGGUGCUUGAGCACAGCUUGGGAACCGCCCAGAGCGUGCAUGCCAGUCUGAAGCGCUCGCUGCUGAGUCCCUUGACGGACGAGGCGGAAACAGAAGACGUUCCGGACUUUGCGACAGCGAACGCGGUGGUAGCCGCGACGAAGCAAGUGGAGAAAGACACCACCUCGUCGCUUGUGGGCAUGGCCAAGGAGAUCGCCAAGCUGGACCGCGACCUCGCCACACUGAGCACCAAGACCCAGGCUGAGUCUGGUUCCCUGCGCACCCGUGUGCAAACGGUCCAGGACAAUCAGGCCGAGCUUCGAGGGGCGAUUUCCCAGCUGCGCGGCUCGCUCGAGUCCCUCGCCCAGGCUGGCCGCAAUCUGGAGGAGGUGACACGGGAUUUUGCUGGCCACGUGAGACGCCAGGAACUUGCUCUCGCCCAGAACCAAAUCGCUGCGAAGAUCGAAGAGCAGCGAGCGCUGGCGGCGGAAGUGGCGCGCGACGGCGUAGAAGUCGACCGGCUUCGCCAAGACGUGGACAAACUGCUGGCGUCUCUGCGGCAACUCACCGGGGACUCCAGUGGCGCGGACCCCCUCGAACGUUUCGGUUUCCGGCCUCGCGCGUUGCACCCGCUCGGCGAUGAUCACGUCGAGAAGGCCGAGGAGCUCGCCGCGCAUCUUUCGGAGGCUGCGGCACGCGUCCGGAGCGCUCAGGCCGAGUUGGCCCACGCGGAAUCUUCUUGGAAGCGCUUCGGGAGGCUGCGAGAGCCGAUGAAAGUGCUCCGCGAACUGACCGAGAAGAGUGCCCAGGCCGUGAACACGCUGGGGAUCAAGCUUGCGAACAUCCUCGCGGACCUUGCGGGGGUUGAAAAGCUCGCCGAGUCCUCAGACUUUAGCGCUCUGGUUGUUGACGUCCAUGACGCAGUCGGGAAACUCGCUGUCGAGGCCGAACGCAUCAUUCAAGAGGCAAAGGCCGUUCAGGGGGCCGCAGCGAGUGCGGCGAAGGCUUGUCGCACUGAAAUGGUGACCGUUAUGAUGCUGCGCUCGUCGGAGGCAGAUGACGCGAUCCUCGCCGAGCGCGCAGCCGCGUACCAAGCUGCAGUCUCUGUGCUCGAGGACGGGACCGUCAAGACGCGCAAGUGGGGACAGACGAUCACGCAAAUCAAGGGCUCGUCGCGGGCGAUGUCCGAAACCGUGCGGAUUCUCAAGCAGGUGGAACCGAAGCGGCAAAUCCGCGAUGGGCUGCGCACCAUCGUGGGUCGCCUCGAGUUGCUGGCCCCCGUGAUUGACCGGGCGGAGGCGGAGGUCGACGCCGCCGAGAAGAUCCUCCAGGCACUCGUAGAAGAUGCGAGCGCGCUGCGGAUGCAUGUCAAGAGUGUCGCUGGAGAAGCGGAAAGAACCCUCAAAGCGUUGGUGUCGCGCGUGGAUGCCUGGCAGACGGAAGUCGAGACGAUGGCCUCGCAGGCAGCUGCGUUGCGCAAGGAAUCCAAGGCGGGGAUGCGCACUCUCCUCGCGGCCGCGCGUGAAGACUCGCCGAUUGAGUUCGCCGCCGACCUCGACGCAACAGUAGCGGGUUUGGAAGACGCCGCACGCUCCGCAAAGGCCUGGCUAGACCGCACACGCCAGGUCCAGGGCGAAAUCUCCGCAGUCACACGAGACCUCGAGCAGUUCCAGUCGGAGCUGCUUGACGAGGGGCGCGAGUCGAUCCGAGGCCGCGCCCUUACCACCAGUGCGGAGACUGCGGCGGCACUUGCACGUCUCGCGGCAGACCUGGAGGACUUCGUGAGCGACAUCGAGUCGGUGAAGCCUCUGGCGAACCGAGGUAGUGGACGCAGUCGAAAACAGGCGGCUUCGCAGGACCAGGCUCACGACCGGCAAAUCGCCAAAGAGGUCCAGGCUGUGGAAACCCGCGUGGAAGAGACUGCAGGCGUUAUGCGCCGACUGAGUGAAUCCUUCGCUGCGAAAAAACCCAGUGCUGACUUUGCCACUGCUGCGGAGUUGUGGGAAGCUCGGGAGGCGCUCCGACCCAUCGAACUUGAGACCCGUGGGGCCCUCGACCGUCUUGAGAACCUUCUGGCCUCGGCGAAGACCACAAAGCAGGAAAUUGAGACGACGCUCGCCUCGACGCAACAGGCACAACGCGGAAGCGCCGACGGCCAGCAAGCGGACGAGGGACUGGUCGAGCAGCUCCAGGCGCUGGGAGAGAGACUGGACGAAGCGAUACGCAGAGGCGGAGACUCUGCGGCUAGCGUCGCGCUCUGGCUUCGCCAAGACGGCAUGGUGGCUGCCGACGAAGAAAACUUGCGUCGUCUCUUCGCCGACACUGAGAACGUCCGGGACAUGCUGGUGCGUGCAGAGCAUGCGAUCGAUUCCUACGCGGAAGAGAGUUCGCAGCAACGCGCAGUCGUCAGCGACGCAACAGAGCUGACCUCGAGGUUCCAGCGCAAUACCGCAGCCCUUGCAGAUCUCGACGCGGCGACCUGCCAGUGUUCCAGUGGGCUCUGUCCCCUGAAUGAGCUCGGAUCCGCCGUGGCGAGUGUGGAGACGGUCGCCACCGAGGCGAAGACUGCUGUAGCGAACCUGGCGGCCGCGGUUCAGGCGGCGCGUUAUGUGGCCCAAGAGUCUGUCAAGGCACCGGCCUACUUGCGCGUGUACGUUGCGCGUGCCCAGGACUUGGUGCACUGGGCAGACGCGCGACUGAAGGAGCUUCAGAGCGACUGCAGCGUGCUGGAUGAAGACUUCGAGCUGUUGAAGGCCGAGGCGGAGAACCUGACGCAGACAGUGCGCGACCUUUUCCGCCGUCGGCUGUCUCAGAAGCUCGCCGUCGUCGCGGGAGUCGCCGAACAGCUCGAAGAGAAGAAGCUCUCGCUGGAGCAAACUGCACGCGGCGUCCAGGCGCUGCAGGAGCAACUUAUGAGGUUGGACAAGACCGCAGAGGCUGGGCAGAAAGUCGAGGCGGCGGAACAGACUCUCGCGGCAGCCGAGGCGCGGCUCCGAGAAGCCGACGACGAAGCGAGAGACAUGCGCAAGUUGCAACAGGGUGCGCCUGAGAAGCGACCGGCGACUUGCGUCUCCACGUGCUUCUUGGCAGAAGCCGCCGAAGCAUGGCAAGGAAAUGUCGCGAAGAGCCACGCACAGGCAGCUUCGCUGGUCGAGGCCGCCGCGCGUCUGGUAGUGGAGAUCGAGGCCGACGUCGAGGCGAUAAGAGGCCUGCGCGACUCGGUCGUCUCCAGCUCUGCCGCGGGAGACCCGCGCUUCGCUCCAGGCCGCGAGUUCCUGGACAACCUGCAGACUGCGAAGGACCACUUCGCGGGUCUCCUUGACCGCGCGGAGGUGCUUGUGGAGGCUGUGGAGUCUCGACAAAGCGCCUUGCCUGUUCCUGGCGACCUCGUCGAGGGUUUGGCGUCUUCGGUCGCCGUUGACGCCCUGGCAAAGAUCUCCCAAGACCUCGGGGAAGCCGCCCGACUUACGGCGCGGUGCCGGCAGACAGUCCCUGCGCUGCGCCGGUACGAACGGCUGGCCAGGGCGAACCUGGAAGACGCGUUGGAAGUUUCGGAGGGGCCCCAGGCUGCGGCAACUCGUGCAGCCGUCGAGAAAGUGGCUAAGCAAGUGGGAAAGGAGACGGCGCGAAUGCACAGUGUUGCCGCGGCUGUGGAACGGGCCGAAGAUCGACUGCUGAAGUAUUCACGCAACGCGGUGAGUCACUCGGUGGACCUGCUGGUUCGAGCGGCCAACAGGAAUGACGCGCAGGCGAAGGAGCUCGCGGUGGCGUUCAGAGGACUUGCAGAUUUGCAUGCGGCAGCCAUGAACUUGCAGACUGCGCGGUUCCACACCCCAAGACACGCGAAAGUCCCCGCGCACGAGGCCGCGGAGAGGGUUGAAGCCGCGCAGGCGACGCUGGCCGAGCAAGCGGAAGUGGCGAAGCAGAUCGUGGCCGGCUCAGCCUUUGUUCGCGGUGGCGCUGGUGCGAUUCGUGCGGCGGAGAUGUUAUUGGAACACGCCCUUCUGACGCCUGCGCAGACUGAGGACCUCGGAGUCGUUCGGGAAGACGGGGCUGAAGCGAUGGCCACGGAACACCUUCGCCGCGCGAGGGGUCUCGUUCGCCAGAUGGCGAGUGUGGCGCGCCUUCUGAAAGUGGGCGGUAAGCCGUCGGCUUACCUAGCGUUUCCUCUUCAGAGGCUGGCGACGCGUGCAAGGCUAGGGAGACACGCGCGCGACGGGCGUCAACGCGACGGGGAAGCAGCCACACAGAGCCCGAUCCAGCUCAGGAACUCCGCGGCUGCAAGCGUUGCGCGCGUGGCUGAGCACCGCCGCCAAGCCCAAGUGAGUCUCGCCUUCGUCAAGGAGCGUCUCGAUCGGCUCAAGGCCGCGAGACAGUCCCUGGAGCAGGCGAGUGAACGCCAGCGCGAAGUUGCGUUGAAGCUGGAAAGCCUUCAGCGAGCCGCGGGGGAUGACGAGGGCGAGUCCGGAGUCGCAAGCGCGCAGCCUCGUCGCCUCGCUGCCAGUCCCCGUCCCUCUGUUCGCAGGGCGUCUGGUGAGGCGUCGAUGGGAAAGAGCGAGAUGUCCAGGUUGUCGAACCGGCGACGCCGCACUGCCGCGAUUCUGGCUGCGCAGAACGAUCUGCGCAGAGCGCAGAAGGCCCUGGCCGACGUCACUAAGACCGCUGAGGCCAUGUCCAGCAGCCAGGAAGAAGUGGAGAAGCACCUGCGCGAGUUGAAUGCCAUGAGCAAGGCGGUGGAGGCUGUUGCGCGCGAGGGCCCGGUGGGCAGCGACGUCGCGGAGAUGCAGCUCGAAAUCGAAGAGAUGGUGGAGGAAGGCCGGCGCCUGUUUGGGGAGUAUGCUGCGCAGCUGAAGGAAAUGAACAGCGAGCGGUCAAAGUUGGAGGCCGAGUUUGCAGUGCAGUCGGCAGCCACGGAACGGCUGGUCGGAGACGUCGCGCCCAGCGAAGAGGAACUGCUCGUGAUCAUGGUGGAGCAAGCUCGUAGCGUUCUCGCGCAAAUGCACGAAGGCCACGAAGAGGCCGCGCGUUUGGUUUCGGACAUCCGCAGCCUACCCAUGCGGGGCUUCGGCAGCGACGCCGUCGCGCGGAAGCAGGAGGCGCGCCGACUCUCAGGCAUGGUGGGGACCCUUGCCCAAGUCGCUCAAGAGUCCAGCGAGGUCGCGCUCGAAGCGAUCGAGGUCCUGGAGAGCUUGGGAGACGAUGCGGCUCCUGCGCGCGCUGGCCAACCGCGCGACGGGUCCGAGAUCUCUGAGAUCUCUCAACAGGCCGCGGAGGAGGCAGCGGCCCUCAGGAAGCAGUUGCACACGCUUCAGGACGCCUUUCGAGCGCGACAGAGGGAAGCCGAAGAGGGGAUCAUCGAGACACCGCGAGACGCCUCGCUGCUCCUGUCCCUCUCUUCUACCCUCGUACACAUCGGCCGAACCACGUCGCACGUGGCCGCGAAAGUGAAGGCGCUACGAGCGUCUCGGGUGGAGCUGGCUGCGCUCUCCCGCGCUCUGGAGGAGGCUGCCAAGAAGGACAGCACGCCAGAAGAGGCAAGCGCCGCGUCCUGGACAGAGAUCGUGGAAGCGCUCGCCGGCCUCCAGUCACGGGUGAAGAAAGCGGACGAGAAAGCUACUGCGCUCGGCGGCAGCGCGCAGGCGCUGGCCAACGCUGCGAGUGAAGACCUGGGCAACGCCCAGACGGUUUUGAGUGGGUGCACGAAGAAUCUGGAUGAAGUCCUUGUUGCACGUUGUCAGGAGUUGGAGACAGCGGUGAAGACGGCCAGCGAACAAGCGCUCCCCGAUCUGCGUGCCAGCAUCUCCGAGACCGGCGCUCUCCAGGCCGUGGUCCUCGACAAACAGCACGUGCUCUUGACAACCGUAACAGCUAAGGCGAAGAACGCGCUUCAGACGAACAUGGCGCAGGCUGAGGAAAUUUCUGUGCGGAGCAAUGGCUUCCUUUCGGAUCUCCGGAAGACUGCGGAUGAGCUGCGGGCACUCGUCGCAGCCGCGAAGGAAGGAAACGCCACUGCGGGGAUAAGCCAGCCCCUCGGUCGGGGCGAGAGUCAGCUCCAGUCAGAGCCCGGCAAAGAGCCUGGAGGGCAAACCGUCGUGGACAAAGAGCUCGUCUCGACCGCGAAACAGAUUGCUGGACAUGGUGCCGCUCUGGCGAAGAGUUUGAGCAUUGGUGCAACUGCCAUGCGUGCGACUCUGAUGCCCAGAUCGGUCGGCGAAGCCUUGCACGAAGCAUCGCUCGUCGCAGGAAUCGAGCAGCAUGAGCGUAGCGUCCAGGCGCAAACUCAAAGGUGGGAGCAGGAGGUGACUCAAGUGGUGGCUGAGAUGCAGGAUGCUGUUGCCGAGCUGCAGAGGGCGUACCGGCCGACUGACCCGACGUACGUUCGACACGAGGUGGUGGCGAACCUCGCCGUCGUCAGCGCGCUCCUGCGGAGCGGCGACGGUGCGCAGGAGAGCACAGUCGACUCCAUCCCGCAACUCUUCAAGGCCGCUAUUCUCCUCAGUCGGGCGAAGGCUCUGUUGCGCUCUGUUUCGGAGCCGGGCGAGAAUCAGGCGCCACCCGUCGACAACAGCGAUUUGGAGGCCAAGGCAGAAGAGCUCGGACGGCGGCUUCAAGACUACAUGCAGCAGUACAACCUUGGCCAGUUCGACGCCUUUGUUUCUUCUACGGGAAGUGGCGCUUGGGCUGCGGAGGACCUCGGCUUGGCGCCGAGAGUUGAAGCAGCGCUCGCCGCGCUGGGCCGCAUGCAAGCUGAGGCUGCCAAGCUGAUGCGCGCACGGUCAAACGCGCAGGACGUGGACGCGGAAGAGGACGCGCGCCUGCAGGCUCAGCUGAAAGAACGGCUCCAUCACGUAUCGGCGGAGACUCGACGGGCUCUCGGGAUGCUGCAGAGCACUUUGUUGAACGGAGUGCAGAGAAAUGACGCCAAGAUUCAGAGACUCGUUGCAACGCUUGCGCAAGGUGCGGAUCUUGCCUCUCGCUUGACUCGUGAAACAACCGCCACGGCGAGCGGCAGCGGCCAGGCCUCGUGGGACCGGGGGGCCGGAAACGGGGACGAAGAGAACUCGGAAGCGCCCAGUGAAGACCCGGAGGCGACUCUGGCCCAGAUGGCUUUGUUAUUGGAGCGUGUCCAGGAGGAGGCUGCUGGCUCGGAAACCCAUGACGAAUCUCUGCCUGCGGCUGAAUCAAAGGACCCUGAGACGCUCGCGACCUUCCAAAAAAUCACGCAGGAUAUCCAGAGUCGCAAUGCGGCAGUGAGUCAGUCGCUCAACGCGGCGAGCGCGUCGAAAAGUGAGGAAGCCCCGGCGGAGUAUGUGGAAAGACUCAGCCAGGUGAUGGAGCAGGCAGACCAAAAUCGAAAGAAUCUCGAGGUGGGAUUGGCCGUCGGGUUAGGCAUUGUCUUGUUCCUGAUCGUCGUUGUUGCUGUAGCUCUUGUGCUGGUGAAGAGACGACUCAGACGACGCCUCGCCGUCCUUACUCGGUCUGAGGCAACGGGAUGCCGGAGCAACAACUAA